UUAGUCAAGCUUUCAAAGUACGGACCGAACAAACUAACAAACAAAAAGACAAUUGUGAAGUCAACUUCUUCUGGGCUAUAUAUGCCAAGGAAUAAAUCAUUACUAGAGUGUAGCACAGGCAAUCGUAUCGCUUGGGUUCGAAUUUACAUUAAAAGAUAUGCGAACCCAUACUCUUAGUAAAUAUUCAGUGGUGUGAAGGAGCGACGUAAGGUGUGACUCUUUCCCGCUAUAUGACGUCACAUCAACGUAGCGGAAAUUGAGUCAGGCAUGCGCCAGACUACUCGAGAUGUGGAGUUAAAAUAACGGAUAUUUUUUUUUUUUUUUUUUUUUUUUUUAACCAUUUUUCUAACCAUUGAGAAAGGUAAGAAAGAAUAUCAAUUUAUUUCUUUUCCACCUUUUUGUUUAUGAAUCCAUGUUGUUAUCUGCGAUGACGUCAUGCUUGGUAACCCACAAGGAACCGUUGCGUUGUGGUUACCGUUGCCAUUUGUUUGCUUUGAUCUGUGACGAUUAGACGAGUUUUUCACACAGAUACAAAAAGUUUGAAUAUCACAAUGAAAAGGGAAAGAUCUACCGAGAGGAAGAGCAGGAGUGUGUCUAAGAGGCGUCGUAUAGAGACCUCUUCAGACGACAAGCAGAGCCGUCAGUGGUACGAAGUGAUGCUGGCCCUAGCAGCCAAGUCUGCUCAUGAGUUGACCUAUGCCAUCAACAGGUCAGAAGGGCGUAGGGACCUCCCCACCAUUCCCCAGCCUACGCAUAUGAUUGAGUGGUUGGCCCGAGUCAAUUUUAAACACAGACCGAUGCGCUGCAACAUACCCGAACAGAGACAACACAAAGUCUCCAAGAAACCUGUGUUCGACUCCUCCAAGUAUAUCUACUAAAGAUGGAGGUGACAUUGGGUAAUGUCUGGCGAUGGUCAACAAGAGUCAGAGUCAAGAAUUCCACUCCGUUAUGUACCACUGAGCUCUGCGCCCUAUGUAUGGGGAGAUGAAUAUAGCAGACAAUGAUAGACAACUCAUAUUCAGCAUAUUUGCUGCAUGUUGAAAGCAAAUAUGAUAUCAUAUAUUCAUGACAGCUGUUAUUUGGCAAAUGCUAGUGGCUCAGACUUCCAGUUUGGUAUUUAUUGACUGAGUUUGAGGAAAUGUAACAUUUAUUAUCAGUUAAUUUCAAAUUACUGCAUGUAGUAUCUUCAAAACAUGUAGUUGAGCUUAUUCAAUUUAUUUCUUUGGUUUUUCCAUUUUUACAUAAAACAGAUUUUUUAUAUACAUGUAUAUACUAAUCUGUACAAUUAUAUUUGCCGGUUUACAAAUGAAUGUAAUGAACACCCUUUUAAUGUAAGGGGGGUGGGGUAGUGCAUGUGUGUGUAGAAAUAGUGUUCCAAUCAUACCUGGUUGAUUAUAUUUACAAAAUAUUCCCAUAUAUUUUCGGUGAAUUUCUAUGGUUGGUAAGGUAUUUAUUUUUCCUAUUCCUUCCUUGAAGUAAUGCACGUUUACCGGCCGAUUGAUGAUGUACACAUGUUACUAGUACGAUCUUCAAAUACUCCAUAGUUUCGUUAAUGAAGAAAUGUUUUUAAAAUUUAACCCGAACUAUUAUUCUGACAAGUGACUGAUGCUUUUGAAUAUGAGGUACAUGUAUGUUCACUGAUUUUAGUAAUUUUCUUAGCACUCAUUCCAUUUAUACUUGCCUACAUGCACUUAUUUAUUUUUAUUUAUACACUGUGUGUAUUUCUGUUUAUACUUGCGCUAUGUUAUUGUAAUAAAAUCUUUUAAAGAC